AUGGGGAUCGAGGAGAUGAAGGAUGGGCAGUGCGACCGACGUCAGCCCCCCAAGGGCGAUUAUGGAUUUAUGGCGUGGAGGAAGGGUUGGGGGCAGAGUGAGAUGAGAUGGCCGUGCUGGGAUCAAAUCAAGUCUGGUCUCGGUCUGGUCUUGGUCUGGUCUUGGUCUGGUGGGAGCCACGAAGCUGGAGCUGGAGCUGGAACUGGAACUGGAGCUGGAGCUGGGGCUGGGGCUGGGGCUGGCCACACGGCGAGGGCCAACACGGCGGCGAGAGCCACCAGCACCACAGCACCCAGCAGCAGCACCACCCAGCAGCAGCACCACCCAGCAGCAGCACCAUCCAGCAGCAGCCCCAUCCAGCAGCACCACAGCAACCACCCAGCAUCGCCCACCCAGCACCGCCCACCCAGCACCGCCCACCCAGCACCACCACCAUCACCACCACCACCGCCACCGCGCCAUUCGCUGCCAUCGAGAUUACCAACGUUGCGGUUGCAACCAGCGAGUGCCAGCCAGCAGCAAGAUCCAGCUGGGGGGGAUUUCGGUUGCGUCAACUGCGACUCCAAAGAGGCCGCACGCCCUCGGUGCCCAUGCUGCGAUUGA